GGCGGCGGUGGCGGCGGCGUUGGGCCCUCACCGGCGGGGCCCUCACCGGCCGCCCUCGAUCCCCUGCCGACCUCCUCCUCUCCUUCCUCUCCCCCUUUCUCCCUUUUCCCCCUCUGGCGCCUUUAGCCGUUGCUUCCUGCGCCGCGCCUCGCCUGUGGGCGCGCAGCCGCACACCCAAAAUGGCGAGCAAGGAAGUGCUGGAGGACACGGUGGAGGAGCGCGUCAUUAGCGAGGAGUACAAGAUCUGGAAGAAAAACACCCCCUUCUUGUACGACCUGGUGAUGACACACGCUCUGGAGUGGCCCAGCCUCACCGUGCAGUGGUUGCCUGAUGUGACCAGGCCAGAAGGAAAGGAUUAUGCUCUACACUGGCUGGUUUUGGGAACGCACACAUCUGAUGAACAGAACCACCUGGUUGUUGCAAGAGUCCAGAUUCCCAAUGAUGAUCAGUUUGAUGCUUCUCAAUAUGACAGUGAGAAAGGAGAGUUUGGUGGCUUUGGAUCUGUGACUGGCAAAAUUGAAACGGAGAUUAAAAUUAACCAUGAAGGUGAAGUAAACCGUGCUCGUUACAUGCCGCAGAAUCCCUGCAUCAUUGCUACAAAAACACCGUCGGCUGAUGUGUUGGUAUUUGACUACACUAAACAUCCUUCAAAACCAGACCCAAGUGGAGAGUGUAAUCCUGACCUUAGAUUAAGAGGGCACCAGAAAGAAGGCUAUGGCUUAUCAUGGAACUCAAAUUUGAGUGGACAUCUUCUCAGUGCAUCAGAUGAUCAUACUGUGUGUUUAUGGGAUGUAAGUGCUGGACCAAAAGAAGGCAAAAUUGUUGAUGCGAAAGCAAUCUUUACUGGGCAUUCUGCAGUAGUAGAAGAUGUGGCAUGGCAUCUGCUUCAUGAAUCUCUGUUUGGAUCCGUGGCUGAUGAUCAGAAGCUUAUGAUUUGGGACACAAGAUCUAAUACUACGUCCAAGCCAAGUCAUUCUGUAGAUGCUCAUACAGCCGAGGUCAACUGUCUGUCCUUCAACCCUUACAGUGAGUUCAUUCUAGCAACUGGUUCUGCUGACAAGACGGUGGCUCUAUGGGACCUUCGAAAUUUAAAAUUGAAACUCCAUUCUUUUGAGUCUCAUAAAGAUGAAAUUUUUCAGGUUCACUGGUCUCCUCAUAACGAAACAAUUCUUGCUUCGAGUGGUACUGAUCGUCGGCUUAAUGUAUGGGAUCUGAGUAAAAUUGGAGAAGAGCAGUCUGCAGAGGAUGCAGAAGAUGGGCCUCCUGAACUGCUGUUUAUUCAUGGAGGACACACUGCCAAAAUUUCAGACUUCAGCUGGAAUCCUAAUGAGCCUUGGGUAAUCUGUUCUGUAUCGGAGGACAACAUAAUGCAGAUAUGGCAAAUGGAAGGUGCUCACCUGUAUGUCACCAAGAGGACCAACUUCCUUCCAGCAUGCCCCCUCUGGUCAUCGUCUACAGCAGAUUAUCCCUGUGCUGGUGCUGUGAGGUACGCAGUGGGGGGGUCCGGUGCUGAAGGGAGCGAUCUGCCCUGAGACAGCCAAUGCAACUGCCAUUCUAGCAGUUUGUCUCCAGCUUGCUGACCGGCUCCAGAAACAUGUCAGGCCCCCUCAGGAACCUGGUGACUUGGUGUUAGAGGCCCUCAUUAUAGACUGGCCCUGUAACUUUUACUUCAGCUGCUCUGAAUUCAUUCCUGUUGGAAACAGGAUCUCCUGCAGAAGGCAGAAUGCCUGCCAAAGCGCUGCCGUGUCUGGCGAGACCCAGACAGAUUGCCACUCGUUCAACUCAUAAGAGCCUAAAGCCAUUCCGUUUUUUUAAUGAACUUGUUUUGCACCCUGGUUAACUGGAUAGUUAAAUUAUUGCAAAAGCAUACCUAUAUGAUUAGCAGCACACUGGUAAGAGAAGUUUUAGUGCUGAUACAAUGCUAUUGUACAGACCUGUCUAACUUUUAAAAUAAAAAUAAGUAGUUUUCUGUGUUCUUGAUUUCCUUUACUGAAAUGCCAAGAGCACCAAGGCUGGAGCUCUGAGUCACUCGCUGGUGGAUACCUUCAGUGUCCCACCCUGCCCUGCCGCUUCACUGCGCAGGAUCAAAGAGUGAGUGAGCUGGGGCUUAGGGAUGCGUUCAAACCCAUGCUUGUACAGCUGAAAGGCAGCAGGAUGCGAUAAUUUAUUAUGGAACAAAAUGAGAGCAUAAUUUUGUUAUCUUUAAUAUACUUGUAGUUCAAAGUGCUGCAGUAAAUACAGGCUCUGUGCUGCUUUCUUUUC